CACCACCAUCACCACACGCAGCAGCAGCAGCAACAGAAAGCCGGCGAGCAGCAGCUCAGCGAACCAGAGGACAUGGAGAUGGAAGCUGGGGACACAGACGACCCUCCAAGAAUCCCGGCCAACCCGGUGAUCAAUGGUAACGUGGCCAUGGCAGAUGGACACAACAACACAGAGGAGGACAUGGAGGAUGACACCAGUUGGCGGUCAGAGGCGACUUUCCGCUUCGUUGUAGAACGCUUCAGCCGCCUGAGUGAGUCUGUGCUCAGCCCGUCCUGCUUUGUCCGAAACCUUCCAUGGAAGAUAAUGGUGAUGCCGCGCUUCUAUCCAGACCGACCACACCAGAAGAGCGUGGGCUUCUUCCUGCAGUGUAACGCAGAAUCAGACUCCACGUCAUGGUCGUGCCACGCGCAGGCCAUGCUCAAGAUCAUCAACUACAAAGACGAUGAGAAGUCUUUCAGCCGCAGGAUCAGUCACCUGUUUUUCCACAAAGAGAAUGAUUGGGGCUUCUCCAACUUCAUGUCCUGGAGUGAUGUGACUGAUCCAGAGAGGGGCUUCAUUGAUGACGACAAAGUCACAUUUGAAGUCUACGUCCAGGCAGAUGCCCCACAUGGAGUGGCAUGGGACUCUAAGAAACACACAGGCUACGUUGGACUAAAGAACCAAGGAGCUACGUGCUACAUGAAUAGCCUGCUACAGACACUCUUCUUCACCAACCAGCUACGAAGGGCGGUGUACAUGAUGCCCACAGAGGGAGACGACUCGUCCAAGAGCGUUCCCCUGGCACUGCAGAGGGUUUUCUACGAGCUGCAACACAGUGACAAACCUGUUGGCACCAAGAAACUCACCAAGUCCUUCGGAUGGGAAACACUAGAUAGCUUCAUGCAACACGAUGUACAGGAGCUGUGCAGAGUGCUCCUGGACAAUGUGGAGAAUAAAAUGAAAGGCACUUGUGUCGAGGGAACCAUCCCCAAGCUCUUCAGAGGAAAGAUGGUGUCAUAUAUCCAGUGCAAGCACGUGGACUACCGGUCAGAGCGGAUAGAGGACUACUACGACAUCCAGCUUAGCAUAAAAGGAAAGAAGAACAUCUUCGAGUCAUUCAAAGAUUAUGUUGCAACCGAACAGCUAGAUGGAGACAACAAAUACGACGCAGGAGAGCAUGGCCUGCAGGAAGCAGAAAAGGGGGUGAAAUUCCUCACCUUCCCUCCAAUCCUCCAUCUGCAGCUGAUGAGGUUCAUGUAUGACCCACAGACCGACCAAAACAUCAAGAUUAAUGACAGGUUUGAGUUUCCAGAUCAGUUACCUCUGGAUGAGUUCCUCCAGAAGCCAGACUCCAAGGACCCAGCCAACUACAUCCUGCACGCCGUGCUUGUGCACAGCGGGGACAACCAUGGCGGUCACUACGUCGUCUAUCUUAACCCAAAAGGAGACGGCAAAGUGAGUGUCAAGGAACCAAUAUGGUGUAAGUUCGAUGAUGACGUGGUGUCGCGGUGCACCAAGGAGGAGGCCAUAGAGCACAACUAUGGUGGACAUGAUGACGACCUCUCAGUGCGCCACUGCACCAACGCAUACAUGCUGGUCUACAUCCGCGAGUCCAAGCUCAGCGAGGUGCUCCAGCCGAUGACUGACGUGGACAUCCCCCAGCAGCUGGUGGAGCGUCUGCAGGAGGAGAAAAGGGUGGAGGCACAGAAGAGGAAGGAGCGCCAAGAGGCUCACCUCUACAUGCAGGUCCAGAUAGUAACAGAGGACCAGUUCUGUGGGCAUCAGGGCAACGACAUGUAUGACGAAGAGAAAGUGAAGUACACAGUCUUCAAGGUCCUCAAGAGCUCUACGCUGCAAGAGUUUGUCCAGACCCUCUCCCAGACCAUGGGUUUCCCACAGGACCAGAUGAGGCUGUGGCCCAUGCAGGCCCGGAGCAACGGAACUAAGCGACCUGCCAUGCUCGACUACGAGGCUGACUGCAACAAGUCGAUGAUCGACUUGAGCGACAAUGAGAACCCCUGGACAAUAUUUCUGGAGACGGUGGAUCCGGAGAUGGCAGCCAGUGGGGCCACGUUACCCAAGUUCGACAAAGACCAUGAUGUCAUGUUGUUCUUGAAGAUGUAUGACCCCAAAACCAGAAGCUUAAAUUAUUGUGGACAUAUCUACACACCUAUUUCCUGCAAAAUAAGAGACCUUCUACCAGUCAUGUGUGAGAGAGCAGGGUUUCAGCAGGAAACUAGCCUUAUCCUCUAUGAGGAAGUAAAGCCCAAUCUAACAGAGCGGAUACAGGACUAUGAUGUCUCUCUGGACAAGGCCCUGGAUGAGCUCAUGGACGGGGACAUCAUUGUCUUCCAGAAGGACGACCCAGAGAAUGACAGCAGCGAGCUGCCAACGGCCAAGGACUACUUCCGGGAUCUCUACCACCGAGUGGACGUCAUUUUCUGUGACAAGACCAUCCACAACGACCCCGGCUUCGUCGUCACGCUCUCAAACCGCAUGAACUAUUUUCAGGUGGCCAAGACAGUAGCGCAGAGGUUGAACACAGAUCCCAUGCUGCUGCAGUUCUUCAAGUCACAGGGGUACAGGGACGGUCCAGGGAAUCCUCUCAGACACAACUAUGAGGGAACGCUGCGGGACCUGCUGCAAUUCUUCAAACCUCGGCAGCCCAAGAAACUCUACUAUCAGCAGUUAAAGAUGAAGAUAACAGACUUCGAGAACAGGAGGAGUUUUAAAUCCAUAUGGCUCAACAGCCAGUUCAGAGAGGAGGAGAUCACCCUCUACCCUGACAAGCAUGGCUGUGUGCGGGACCUUUUGGAAGAAUGUAAAAAGGCAGUGGAGCUCUCUGAAAAAGGCUCUGAGAAGCUCAGGCUGUUAGAGAUAGUAAGCUAUAAAAUCAUCGGGGUUCACCAGGAGGACGAGCUGCUAGAAUGUUUAAAUCCGGCUGCCAGCCGCACCUUCAGAAUAGAGGAGAUUCCUUUAGACCAGGUGGACCUGGACAAGGACAGUGAAAUGCUAAUCCCUGUCGCUCACUUCCACAAGGAAGUCUUUGGCACCUUCGGGAUCCCCUUCUUGCUCAAGAUCAGACAGGGCGAGUCAUUUCGGGAGGUGAUGAGGAGGAUCCAGACCAUGCUGGACAUCCAGGAGAAAGAAUUUGAGAAGUUCAAGUUUGCGAUUGUGAUGAUGGGGCGGCAUCAGUACAUCACUGAAGACGAAUAUGAGGUCAACCUGAAGGACUUUGAACCACAGCCAGGUAACAUGUCCCACCCGCGCCCCUGGCUAGGGUUGGAUCAUUUCAACAAAGCUCCAAAGAGAGGUCGCUACACCUACCUGGAGAAAGCAAUCAAGAUCCACAACUAAAAGCAGCCCGCCCUUCCUCUUGUCCUCCUCAUCCUCCUCCUCCUGCUCCGCCUUCCUCCCUACCUACUUUAACACACCAUAACCACAGACUGUAACCAACCGUGUGUGUGUGUGUGUGUGUGUGCGUGUGUUUGUGUGUGUGAGACUGUGUGGGCGUGCGUGCGUAUGUGUGUGUGUUCAUCACUUUUAACACCCUGCCUGGACACCUCUACAGCUCUACACCGGCACUAUGUCUUCAGCGAUUCGGAUCUUGCUGCAGCUGACGGAUUAUCCUUCAACCACAAAAUAAACUGCACCAACCACCUCCUGACUGUCCAUUUUGUUUAUUUUCUGUCAUUUUUUUUUUUUUUUUUUAAAUCGUCUCCCUCCACGUUUGAGGCUGUUCGGUUGUUUUUUUUGUUUUCCUGGCUUCUCUACCUGUUGACUGCCUGUUUUUAUUUUUUUGCCUGUCUGGAAGUGGGAGAAAUAAAAUGGGAUUUUAAUAUAAAAUGCGCAGAGAGGGGAGAGGAUGUGAGACUCAGUGUAUAUAUAAUAUAUAUAUUAUUAUAUAUAUAUUAUAUAUAUGUAGUAUAUAUAAAUCAAAUGAACUUCUAGACUUAGUUUUUGUUUCCUUCUCCCACCUCACUCAACAGCUUUUUUUUCCCUUCAGAUUUUUUUGGGGGUUGUUUUUAAUAAAGAGUUGUUUGAAGAGGCGUCAUGCUGCUGUGUGGAGAGUUUGAUGGAAGGAUGUUUGCGAGGACUAACUGACAGAAAAAGAGGGGAGAGGGCCCGGUGGUCUUUUUUUUUUAUUUUAUUUUUUGUUGCAGCUGCAAACUGGCGUCCAUCCUGAGGCUCACUAGUUGCCCUGAUGUGGUUCUUUAUAUUUUCUGCUCCCAUCCUUUUAGUGCAACAAAACAAGUAUUCCCGAGUUUACACGCAGUUCUUUCUCACUUAGUUUGGUUGGAGGAAAAAUGAAUUUUUUUUUGUCUCUUUCUGCAGAUCUUGUAUAAUAAAAUAAAAAUCCACAGCAUCUGUUUAAAAAUAAAUGGGGGAAAAACAAGAAGGAGGAAAUUUGUCUGUAUUUCAUCUUGCACGUUGGCACUUAAUGUCAGAGGUUUCUCAGGACUGGCAAAUGUACAUUUUGGUUGUGGUUUUGAGUUGCUCAGUGACUUUGAAGGAACACACACAUGCACGGACAUUACCCCCCUUGACUUUCUUCCUUUUCUUUUUUGUUUUGUUCAUCAGGGGGUUUAAAUGUAUUUCUCAGUCAUUCCUCUGAACGCAAACACACACACACGAGCUUCGUCAUCUUGAUUGAAACUGUCGCCUCCAGGUGGUUGGGAGCAGUGACUGCGCUGUGCUUGCUAGGGAGCUGCAGACGCUUCGAGCCGGCAGGUUUGAGGAUUGUGUAGAGACAAAACCAGCAUUGUAAGAAACACUUUAAGCCCUAUGAAUUUAUUUUUCUUUUGUUUCUUUUAAAGCACAGAUGGAAUGCUCCCCUAAUAGCGCAUAGCUGGCUCUGUAAAGACAACAUUUAAGAAUUGUAUAUUUAAAAAUAUGAACGUGUAAAAUUUAAGAGAAACACACGCCUUUGUUGUUGGGUACAGAAGGAGCCAGGUGUUCAUAUUUCUUGUGUGUAGGGUUUUUUUUUUUUCUUUUCUUUUUUUGCGUUCCUGAUGUACCAUUGACGAUUUUUUUCUGUUACAUUUGGAUUUAUUUUUCUUUUCAAAACUAACUGCACUGGUUUUGUCUUGUUAAAAACGUGCAGUACAAAGAUGACCUGCAGAAUCACACCUUAAUUUGAUCUUUUCCAGUUUAAAAUCCUCAGUGUAGCAGCAGUGUACGACAACUAUUCCUGUAUAUUGCCUUUUUGCUGGAAAAUGUAUGUUGAAUAAAAUUUUCUAUAAAAACAAAAA